GGCGUGCUGCAAGAGCCUCCGCCGAGGCUGACCUUGGUGUCAUGCCAGUCUCUUCCCAGAACCAUGUUUUAUUUCUCCUUGCUUCGGCAUGCAAUAGCUCAGCCCGCGUGGCUGACUGGCGAUGCCUGGAGUAGUACUCUAACACGUCUAGAGGGCAGCAGGGCACAGAGGCUAUCGGGGCCAUCGUUUCUGCCCUCUUCUACCUGGGCCACCCCCUGGUCCACGCCUUCAGUUUUCCAGUUUUAUAAGACACAAGAAGAGGGACUGAAAGGAAACGGAGGAAAAAAAGACAAUAGAUUCCGUUGCCUAGAGAGAUGAGAAUAUACCAAUUCUGGCAUCAGUGGUACUCAAGUUUUCUGGUCUGGCAUGUUAAUUGGGACCCUAUUCCACUUUUCUUUCUUCUCUUCUGCAAUUUCUCAUUUUGCUUCUUGGGCAUGUGUUCAAGCUUAAUCUGUACCUUUUUAAAUGGUGUCUUAUUCUUCUGGUUUGUAUUUAUCAUAAGCCCUUUAUUGUUGUAAACUCUUUGGAAUGCAUACUAAAGAAUUGUAUUAUUGAAAUAUUUCACAUUAAAUGUUUUUAAAGGAAGGUAAUUUAAAUGUUUUUAAAAUUCUGGUAAUUUAAGUAAAUUGAUUGCUGAACUGAUGUCGAAUGAUGGCUCUCUACACUGUGGGAUCUAGCACUGGGGACUGUGCUGGAGGAAUCAUUAUCAAGUUUUGGCACUGAAGCAACAAAAAACCGACACAUUUCCCCCAAGAUUGCUUCCUUUUCCUGUUGCCAUUACUGCCUGCCUUGCUACAAAGUCUAGUGAAUCAUACUUUCCUACCUGAUCCUAGUUUUGCUCAGGAAGUUUUUGAGUCAUGCAUCACCCAGAUGCAACUCUUAAGUUUGCCUUCUGAGAGAGAUGUUUGAUUAGAUUUUCCUUCCUCAUUGUGAUGCUGUAGCAACCUGUAUGCAUGUUUUUCUUGUCUUAUUUAUUUAUUUAUUUAUAUCAUUUUUAUGUCGCACCCAUCGCAGAAAGCCUAGGGGCAGCUUCCAAGGCAGGUAAAACAUAGAAUAGGAUGACAUUAAAAAUUCAGAAUAUCUCGGCCAUAAUUUAAAACCAAUAAAUAAAAACAACAAAUUAUGUGGUAUUUGUAAAACGGUUCCAUAUAGCAGAGCUGUGCAGGCUUCAAACUUGCAGGAUCUACUUUUCAGAAGAACCUGAAGAGCCUGGUACAAAAGGCAUGCACUUAGAAGUAAAUACCCCUGGGCCCAGGAAUUUGUUUUGUGUACAAAAGCUUAAUGGAGCUCACAGUUCUUCUAUACAGAAAUCCACUUCUGCUUACCCCAAGCUUUCUUCAUUUCAGCAGUAUAUUGUUUGGGGGAGGGGAGCAGAGUAAUGAUUGUGUUGUUGCUGUUGGGGAACAAGUGGGGCACAGAAAUCUACAUUAAAUUUCUCAGUCCAUCCAUAGAUCCAGUCCUAUAUUCUGCCCACUCCUGAAAUACAGCAUCUGUGCAGGAAGGUGGGGCAGAUACCCUCAUGAUUUUAGAAUUCAGCCUUCUGCAUGCUUAAACAGAGCCUUACAAUGCACAGUAUUCCCUAGCCAUUUUUCAUCACUGUUGCUCUUCUUUCUUUUUUAGAAAAGGGGGAUAGGUUUUGCAUAUUGCAGGACACAAGGAUUUGUGUCAAGGACUCUCAGUGUAGAUUCUUGGUCAGAAGUGGGCAGCUUGGUCCCCUGCAGAUUGUUUGAACUACACCCCUCCAUCCCUAACCACCAUGGCCUGUGAAGGGGGUUGUAAUCCAAACUUCUGGUGAGUACCAUAAUUCUCUGCUCAUUUAGGUGUUCUGGCUCUUGAUUCCUUAUUUCAGGAGUGUAGAACCUCAGGCCUGGGAGCUGAAUCUAGCCUUUGAAGUUCUCUAGAAGGCUGUGCCUCUUCCCCUUGGCCCAAGCCACUUUCUCUGACCACCAAUCAUUGAGUGGUUUCCUGGCUUUCCUCAUAAGGCUAAGUUGCUGGCAGAAAGAGCUGUAAACUAAAAUAUGCUGGCUUUUUUCACCCUUUGGCAUUCCACUGGAAUGCAGCUCCUCAAGAGCCUCUCCAAAAUGGAAUGUGGCUUUUGGGCUAAAAAAAAGUUUUGGUAUCCCUGCUUUAGGUAGAAUACAUAUUCAGUAGGAAAACCAAGUGCGUUUAGGUAGUGAAUGCCCCAGUGUUUGAGCUCAGCGUGACAGACUGGAUAUCUCAUUGAGGGACCCCUCCAGAGAAUAAGAGAGAGCUUAUCUGGGCACUGCAGAAAUGUAAAGAAUGCAGUGUUCUGAUAACUGUGCUAAAGAAUUUGAAGGAAAGCUGCAGUUGCUGUCCCAGAUCCAGAGGCAUCUUCUGUGAUGUCGAACCUGCCCUCACGGAUGCUUUGAAGGGAGUUGCUUUCCUGAUCUUGGAUGGGAAGUGCAUUAACCAACACCUGGAAACAUCACAGGCCUAGAACCGUCAGUGCAUAUUUUUACAUGAUGUGUGUUCCUAUCUUAGGUAGGAAGACUACAUGCUAUUGUUGACUCUCCCUUAGCAUGGCUGACCCCAUUUCCUCUUAUUCCAGCAGUUCUAUGAUCACAAGGGGUGUGUGUGUGUGAGAGAGAGAGAGAACGUGAGUGAGAGCACGCGAGCAUCUGAAUGCCAUGGUACAGCAUCAGAAGAAUUCAGAUUCUGAAAGAAAGGAGGCGGCUGGUACGUGGGCCUUGUCGCAUGCCCUUCUGCCUUGCAAACUGUCUUUUAUUGCUGUAGGCGUAGCCUUUCAAAGUACGCAAAGCUGAAUGCUUCCUUCCGUUUUGCCCUUUGGUGCUUCCAAAGUGUGACUGCUAAAUUUGUAUUCAUGCUUAAAAAUAAAUUGUACUGAGGCUUAUGUUCCCCCACCACUGCCCCAAGAAAUUACGAAAAAUAGAUCUUGUGAAAUUAAAACAUUUGUCUUGGUAUCUAUCGCUUUGUCUGGUUGGAAACUAUCUGGGUAUAGUAUCCUGGCUGGCCAUUCCCAAAUCAUUGUAACAUCUGAUUUUAACCUCUCAAGCCCAUGUGUGCACUUUUUCCUCUAUAUGGGAAUGAACAUUGAUGGUAGCUAUCUUUUGGUUUCCAUUUAGACCUCCCUUGCUAACACACAAGCAAUGUUGGCUCAGAUAGCUAGCUCUCUUCUGGCUCUUGCUGUGUAGUAGGAACAAUACCAAAGUAACUGAAUAAUGAUCCAUAUGGCAGUAUACGAAUGCUUAGCAAUCUCCUAAUCUUCUCCCUGUAAUAUCCAUUCAAGCUGCUGGUGGUUUUUCCUUCCCAUUAGAGCAGGGAUGGGGAACCUAAGGCCGGAGCCCAAACUUGGCCUUCUUGGAGCCCCAUCCUGGCUCAUUGGAGUAGCUUGGACCUACCUCUUCGGUGGUUGCCUGGCUUUUACACAGUUUCCCUAUUCUAUAAGGCUGAGAUGCUUCCCAUAUGACUUAGUUUCUGGCAGUAAGAAUUUUAAGCUAUGAUAUAUUGGAUUUUUAAAAUUUACAGCCUCAUCCUUCCCCUUGGUUGCACCCACUGCUAGAAUGCAGCUUUCGAGAGCUUCUUUAAAAUAGAAUUCAGCCUUCAGCCUGAAAGUGUUUCCCUAGCUUUGUAUAAGAGAAAGGAACUAGAGCGGACCAUACCCUUGGAUCACCUGGGUUCACUGGCUUGGGCAAGACAUUUCUUCUUGGCCUCAAUUUCCCAUCUGGGUCCUCAAACUUUGGUAUACAUUCCACCAAAUGGAGAUGAGUGCUCAGUUCUAGGGAAGGAAAAGAUGUUACAGCAUGCUGAGUUGGAAAUAUUCCUCCAAGCAUGAGAAAACAAGCACUCAGUCUACCAGAAAUGCUCUGCUAACCAGAAAAGCUGCAGAGAGAUGGAGAACAUUACCCAACGGCUGUUUCUAGGCUGGCUCCCAGCUCAUUUCUCUUCAUAGCGAUGGUUCAUUGCGUUUGUGGAGAGGGAGAGCAAACCACAGCAACCAAAUAACCUGUAAAAUCUACAGGGUCAAUAUCAAAAUGUUUGCAGAUUGUGCUAAACUGAGUCCAAAUCCUGGACAAAUCUCUCUUGCUGCUUUUCAGGGUUGUUGCUUCAUUAAAAAUGUACCAGCUAUUUGCAACUAAAUGCACAUGUUUCUGAAAAUCAGCUGGAAAAACAGUAUGAAAUCCAAGCUGUUCUGCUAGUUGGAGUCAGAAUGGUUGGGUUGGUGCCAGGAUUAGGUAGUACAAGCAACAAUGUUAAAGGUGUUCAGGGGCUCUCAGUGCAGGUAAUUUACAGCAAAACGUAGGCAGGCUUCCUUUGGCACCGUCUCUGACAUGCCAAGGUUAUUGUGCCCUGGCAGAGAGUCAGACCACUUGCUGUUGCUGCCCUUUCUUGUUGUUUCUUGAUGGGUAGUGGACAAUCCUAGUACUCCUGCAGCCACUGCCCCCAAGAUGGCUCCCCAGUGAGCCCUACAUUGGCUGAAUCACCUCAGUCCUUGGGGGUGAUCUUAUGGCUGAAUCAAACCUUCCUAUGGAAGGUAUUUUGCUCCCAGUCUUCUCAAUCUUUCCUCCCUGUGGCCUCAUUCUUCUUGUAGUGGGGAGACCUCGGGCCCAGCAGGCAGGGGUGUGCUGGCCUUAGUCAGCUUUAUGCAUCACCUUCACUGCUGGAGACUCUUUGCUCCGCUGCGUCUGAUUCCCACCAUCCAAGCUUCUCUGCAGGUACGUGAGGCAUUCCAUGGCCAGGUAGGGUUCGCAGAACAGGAAUUUAUUUAUUUAAAAUAUUUCUAUGCCGCCCCCAUCGCAACAAAGCCUCCGGGCGGCUCGCAAAGGAUACAUAAAUGCAUAAAUAAUAACAAUGUAACAAUUUAAAAAAUUGUUUAAAAAAAUUGUCCACUGUCCUCUUGGAGAACUUGGCCACUAUGACAGCCGCCUUUCCAAGUGAAGUUGUUCUUAUCAGGGUUGACUGAGAUCUCCCAACCCCCGGCCCACCUUAAUCAAGCUGGUAAUACCUUCUGUUGUGCCUGUCUGAUUAACUUCCAGUCAUGCAUGGCUUGCAAGGUGUGGAUUCUUCCCCUCUGGAUAAUAGCAAUUCCAUACAGUGUUUGGUUUUCCCUAAACAACAGGACACUGCUCUGCAAGAUCUGAGUGCUCCUAUCCCAGUACUGGAUCUUUCCCAUUCUUUGUCCAAGGCCCUUGAGCCUGGUACCUCUGUGUUGUUCUACAAAGCAAAGAGCUCACCACCUAGGUAGCCCAUCUUGGCACACCAGGACACUCACUGGCUGGAUUCUGACAGCGCUGAGAAGAAGGGGAGCAUGAAGAAAAGCUAGUGCAGCCCCACGCAGGAGGGAGCCACCGACAGGACCGAAAAGCACCACACAUGGAGCCCCAUCUUAAAGCACAAGCCCCUAGCUCUUACAGAUUGUUCACCACAGAGAAGCUGUCCCAGACAGUCCCACUGCUGUAGGCUUAAUCAGUCAUGUUGAAGCCUGAGCUGUAUGAAAGCUGAAUCGGUCCUGUUGGUGGGUGGCAGGACCUGAGGUACUCCUGUUAUUCUUGGAGAGUUGUCGGAAACCACUGAACGGAAGCGCUGCUGUUUGAAGCUCAGCCGGUGCUGCCUCUGCUACCUGCCUUAGGAGAUUGUGUGGGAUCAGUAUGUAAGCUGCUGUUGAUUCUGCAGGAUCAACGAACUGAGCCAGGUUCCCCAGCCGGUAAUGCUGCUUCCUGAUGACUUCAAAGCCAGCUCCAAGAUUAAGGUGAACAAUCACCUUUUCAACAGGGAAAACCUGCCCGGCCACUUCAAAUUCAAGGAGUACUGCCCACAGGUCUUCCGCAAUCUCCGGGAACGCUUCAACAUUGAUGACCUGGAUUAUCAGGCCUCGCUGACACGCAGUCCACCCACUUACGAGACGGAAGGUGGAGGACGAUUCCUCCUCUCUUAUGACAGGACUCUGGUAAUCAAGGAGAUCUCCAGUGAAGAUGUGGCUGAUGUGCAUAGUCUGUUGUCCCACUACCACCAGUACAUUGUGAAGUGCCAUGGAAGUACCCUCUUGCCCCAGUUCCUCGGGAUGUACCGGCUCAGCGUUGACAACGAGGAGAGCUACAUGCUGGUCAUGAGGAACAUGUUCAGCCACAGGCUAACAGUGCACAGGAAGUACGACCUGAAGGGGUCCCUGGUCUCCCGUGAAGCCAGUGAUAAGGAGAAGGGCAAGGAACUGCCAACCCUGAAAGACAUUGACUUUCUAAAUAUGAACCAAAAAGUGUACAUUAGUGAAGAUGCUAAGAAAGACUUCAUGGAGAAGUUAAAGCGAGAUGUGGAGUUCCUAGUGCAACUCAAGAUUAUGGACUACAGCUUGCUACUGGGGAUCCACGAUGUGCAGCGAGCAGAGCAGGAAGAAGAGGAAGAUGUGAAAGAGGAAGAGGAGGAUGGAGAGGGUGAAUCGGGGGCUCUGCCCUUGGUAGGCUCCUAUGGAACCUCUCCCGAGGGCAUUGGCAGCUAUCUCAACUCCCACAAGCCCCUGGGGCCUGGCGACUUUGAGCCUUACAUUGAUGUCUAUGCCACCAAGAGUGCUGAAAAUAGUCCCCAAAAGGAGGUUUAUUUCAUGGGUCUCAUUGACGUCCUCACACAGUAUGAUGCCAAGAAGAAGGCUGCCCAUGCAGCUAAGACAGUCAAACAUGGGGCUGGUGCAGAGAUCUCCACGGUGCAUCCGGAACAGUAUGCCAAGCGCUUUCUGGACUUUGUCACUAAUAUAUUUGCUUAGCAGUUGUGCAGUCCGUCUUGGUGGCCACAGCUUCCGAUCACUGUCUUUCCUGCCCCCUUGUAGUUCUCCCUCGCCCCGCCUCCAGUUCUCGGUAAGAGGGAUGGUUUACCCCCUGCUGUUUGGGUAGGCAGGAGAGUUGGGUUUGCAUCAGAUGAGCCGUGUUGUGGCUGGUCUGGGGGGGGUUGCUGCUGAAUCAAGUGCCUUAACUUCGUCCUUCUGUUGGGAUGAGCAACAGUCCAGAGUACCAAAGAAGCCGUUUGAGAACUCCUUUCGGAGGCAACUUCUCCAGCUCCCUGCUGGGAGUUGGAACAGGGAAAAACAAGCUGGCUUGGAAGAUUAAUCCCAGCAUUGGUCUCUCCUGUCCCUUAAUCUGUACCAGCAGAACACCAGUUGGUGACUCUGGGUAGAGGGUUAAAUGGUAUUUUUAUCCUGAGAGAGAAUAAUAUGCAAUAAGAAUUUAGUCUUGUGCCUUGGAAGAAGGGGGUAGAGUGGAAUCUUCCUCAUUUACACAAUCAUUUUUCUUUGAGGAUGACUGAUAGUAUAUAUAUUACUCUGUCCUGUGCUCUCCAGUGGUACUACCCGUGGGCCUCCAAGCUCCUUGUGCUGUUUCUUUAUCUCACUCCCUUAGACCAUGCUAGAAGCUCCCACUGUGCUCCAGUCCGUGUGGGCAGUUUGGCCCCCUCUAGCUCCUUCUCAGUAGUGAGAAACCAACCCUCCCUGCGAAAGGAGCAUGUGUAGAGCCCAGCACUGCACUCCGGUUCCUGGAAGCCUCUCCUUUUAGGGGCUUCUAGCCUUGUUGCCUGCUCCCUGUGAAAGAACCCUUGCAGGGCCCCAGGCUUUUGAUUGCUCUCUGGUGUUCUUCACUCCCUCCUCAGACGGAGCCUAGGAACCAGCACAGUGGCUGUGAGCUUCCUUGAGGCUGCUUGUAGGGAUGAGGGUUGCACUUCCCCCCGAUCCCUGAGGCUUCCUGGGACUCUCUUGGUAGACAGAGAGAUGGGGGUGGGAGAGAAACUGGAUUAUUCUCACCCUGGCAAACUGUGCCCAGCUCCCCUAACUCCACUGGGCAACUGGCAGGAUUGAGCAGGUCUAUGUCAUAGUAAGGCAGCAUCUUUCCAUGACGUAGGCUUGGCCCCACCAAAGGAUAGUAUCCAAUUCCAAAGCUGCUGGAAAAUGCUGAGCUGGAAAGCCCUGUCCCAUGUUUAGGUGGGAUUCGGACCAGGGACAGCAAUGUUAGUGUUAACUUUUGGGAACAAGAUAAUGUGGGAAUGCUGUGCCCAAGGCUGAGAUGUUUUCAGAUGGGUGUGCAUGUGUACAUAAGGUGCUUUAGUUCAGGGGUGGGCAAGUUGUGACCCUUCAGAUGUUUGGUCUGUCACUUCUCUCAGCCCUGGCUAGAGUAGCCAGCGGUGAAAGCUGACUAGAAUUGUGCCCCUCCAUGUGGCUUACAAGUUGCCCUCCCCUGCCCUUCUUUAGACAGUUCCUGUUUCCUUCCAUUUGUGAUAUACUGAAGUAACAAACCAGUUUAUUAUGAGCAAAAUCAGACUGCCCCUCAAUGGCUCCUUGGAGGAGCUCUCUGGGGGAAGCAGUUAUAAGUUCAGGAGCCAGAGGUGUCUUAAAGAGGACUCCCCUCUGCAACAGUAUCCACUGUUUCCGCAGAACAACACUACUUGGAGACACACACACCCCAAACAUACUGAGUGUAUUGAGGAGUACAGGCAAAAGGAACUGAAUGAGCAAAGUAAUUGCAGGCCAUUUACUGGCUUGGUACACUGACCUCGUUUGCCCAGGUAGCAUUCUCCAGAUAAGAGGAAAGGCUCGCGGCAGGGUCUGCCCAUGUCUCCGCCCUGCAUAGCUGUCCCACAUGACUGCUCCAGUCUGGAAUGCAGGGGCUGCAGCAUCAUGCCCUUCCGUUGAUCACCUCCCCUCUGUCCCACGAGUGGUGUUGGGAUGGAUGCCAUUCCUCUUCUUGAUGCAAUAAAGCCUGUGCCAUGGAACUGUGCUUGUGUCCUGAUGCCACACUCCUCCAGCCACCUUCAGUGUUCCUUAAUUGUCUAAGAUGUUGUGUAUUUCCAGUUUAUUCUUGUAUCAAUAGAAAUAAAUUAUUGAACCAGAA